AUCGUGGUUAGAGUGAUGGCGUACGUUAGUUGACGAAAGUGAUGUUAAUAUUGCUGAUAAUGCUUAAAUAUUUCGAUCGGUGUAGUGCUGUAGAAUAGAAUUACCUUAAAUUUCCUUUGUUGUACUGCAAUUACCAUAUUUUAUAUACAUAUAUAACUAUUUACCUACAGUUGGGCUCGGUGCAAUUAUAUUGGUAUGGAAUCACCAUAUUCUGCAAAUAGCAUUCAAGAGGACUGUAAAGACAACAGUGCCUCAGAGGAAACAGAUCGAAAUGAAAAAUGCUGUACCAGGAAAUCAUAUAGUUCAGUGCCAAACAGGCUAAAUGAAAUCUCACCAUUGCCAAGAAUGUCGUCAGGACCCUUUAGUACCAACCAAAAUACUGGUCUUGAAAACAUCCGUGAGGAGGAUAAUGAAGAUGAUUGUGCACAUUCAACAUACAAUCCACCUCCCUGCACAACUUUUACAAAUCUACCUUCACAUACUACUCCUCCAUCAAGACAAAAUAAAGUCCGAAAUCCAUUUGAUGCUGCAUUAAUUAAACAACUUCAUCUUCCCACUUUUAGUCCGUCUGUUUUUAAAAGGGUUGUAAGCCCAACACAGGAGAUGAAUCAGUUCUCCUGGACCAUUGAGGAUGUGGCAAAAAUUCAGCCGGCACCAAUUGAAGAAUAUCAGCCUCAACAGUAUGAACAUGCUGUUGAUUCAGAGACUGAAUUGAAGGCCCAAGAAGCGAUUGAUCAUUAUUUCUGCAACCAUCACAUUGUCUGUAGUCCUUGGGGCCCACAGGUACCACCUAAGACGUCUUCACUGUUUGUGGAAAUAAAUGACAAUUCCAGUGCAGAUAAACAGACCUCUUUAAAUCGUAGUGAAGGUGAUGGAGAGGAAGAUAUAUCUGGAAACUUCAGCUGCAAUGUGUCAACAAAGAAAGAAGUUUCCACUCAAACAGUGUUAACAUUGCCACCAGAACUGCCACCAGCGUUAGAAGCUGCUUUAAAACCGUACUUCAUAUUUGAUAUGGAUGUGUGUGAAAGUGCAGAAGAAGAUAAUCUAAGUACGUCGACACCGAGGAGGAAGUUGUUUGUCUGUGAAGAGAAGCAUCAGGAGAUGUCUGUAUCUCCUGCUGGAUCUUCAUGCUUUUCCAUGCAAGUUGAGUGUAAACUCAGCAGUCCAGCACACAGUGGUCUUUUCGUAACGGCAUCCUCGAGGAUUCUUUGCCCAUCCACUCCAGUAAUUGACAGUCGCACUUAUGGGACCCCACUUCUAGGUUCCAAGCUUAUUCCAUCACCAGAAAUUUCUCCAAUUGCCAGCGUUCACCAACGAAAUAAAUCGGUCGCACGUCUGAACUUUAGCAGCAGAAUGAUGGCUACAGACAACGCAACAACAUUUGGCCCUUCUGAUUCUCCGUUAGGUAUGGUCCCGAUUCAACAUGAGGAUGAAUGCUGUGCCGAUCAUAAGGUCACAGAUUAUGUUCUGCCAAGUUCCUCUUCUGCUAUGAUCACAUCAGAAACUUCUACGCCAGUCAAAGGAGAAGCCGAAUCCUUCAGCUCGACAUCAGUUAUGAUUACUUCAGAAACAUCUACACCAGUUAAAGAAAAAUUACCUCCUUUGAGUGAAGAUGUCUCCAUGGAAAGUCUACAUUUUAAACAGAUUCAAAAGAAAUUAAAAGAGUUUGAGAACACCGAUAAUAUUGUAAAAGAAGGAGAUCUAACAAAUUUAAACAGUUUUUCUCUCCAUUCAACUGCAGAAAAUUCUCUGUCAAAUGGCAGCGACAUGCAUAGCCAUGACACAGGGUAUCAGACUGGUAGUAUGAGCUAUAUGACUAGUAUUAAUGGUGGAGCGACAUCUGUGUCAUCUACUUCCAAAAACUGGGCCACCUUACGCUUUAAGUCAGUAGGAGACAGGCAUGUUACUACAUCAAGCAAAGGUUUUGGUAGUGAUAAAAGUAACGUCGCCAACAAAGGCUUGGCUGUGGCUCUGGAUGACAAUUUGUGGCUUCCUGGCUCAAGGCACAUUAUAUCCUCAACACCGACAAAAUCAUGUGACUGAACAAACAUUUUUAAAAUAUAUUUUUACUUGUUCCUGCAAUCAGUGUUAUGUGAUAUUUGAAAACUGCCCAGAGUCUGCGGGCAAAAAUUGAUUUAUCCAGCAAAUAGCAAUAGGAAGCAACCAUUAAAUAAGAGGGGAAAAUUUGGAAGUUUUGUAACUUGUCCAGUUAAGAUCUUUUGGGUCUGAGUAUGUGAUAAAAAGCAGACUUCUGUUCUCUUUAAUUUAAUUGUUAUUUGGAUUUGAAUGCUUCUGCAUUUGCUGACAUAUAUUUUAAAUCAUAAAGUGUGAAAUGGAAUGUGAGGUGUUAAUGCUAGAAUAGGCGAGAAAACAAAUUACAAAUCGUACAGCUUUGGCAGAAAUCAUGUAUCUAAUGAUAAAUUCAUAUACAGUAGUACCCGCUUAAGAUGGUUUCUCACCUGUAAAGCUAAAAUCAUUGGGUCCCAGAAAUAUCACCACAAGAAUACCGUGUUUAUGUCAUGUAGAAAAGUUUACUUCAAAUUACAUGAGAUAUAUUCUUCAAGACAGAAGAACAUUUCAGAACAGACUGUUUAUUUUUAACCAUGACAGUUGGAUAUACUGUAAUGGUUUUUGGGGUGGGGGUCUACAAGGGAGAUGCUGUAAUUAAUUUUGUAAAUAUUUUCAAACCUGUCCUUUUAAGAUGUUUUUCUGUGCAAGAAGUUUGUAUUAUGUGAUCUACUGUAUGUUAUAUAUUUUUCCCAGUUUUUACAUUUCAUUUACCUGAAAUAU